GCUUCGAUGCGGACUUUUCUACCCUUUUUGGGCGCUGCUGUCACUCCCUUUUCCGCACUACUCGUCGCGAUCGAAUCGUCAGAAGGCCGAGCAUCGUCGUCGCCGUCUCGUGGCUGCGCCUCCACUGAGUUCCGUCGAAUACUCUACCGAUCCUGACUCUUUUCCUCUAGGUUGGGGGCGUCUGGGGUAGGCGGCGGCCGCGCCGGCGACUGCUGGGGGCUUAGUAAUGAAGAAGGAAAAUCGCUCAAGUUCUGCUCUUGAUGCUCAUUGUGGAAGAAUUACGAGGGCACGUGCUGCUGCUUUCCGUGCAACUGGUGGAUUACCUCCUUUGCCAUCGUCUGUUGCAAAUCCAGAGAGGAAGCAGUCAUGCUCAAAGAGAAGGGCUCAUGAUGAAAACAGUUAUAUUGCUCCAUGUCCGGUAGGUUCACAAUGCAAAAAGCGUGCGGUUUUGAAGGAUGUCACCAACACCUCUUCUCAGAAUGCAUCUAAAGCAUGGAUAUCAACGAGCAAAGUCCAGACUUUUGCUGUUCGAAGGCAAAAAUCAGGUCCUCCAAAAACUAAAAAGUGUGCUGAUUCCAAGGCUUCAAAUUCUUCCAUAGUUGGAAAUGUAUCAAUCAAUGAUAAUGUUGAAAACAUGUCAGAUGUAGAAGCGCAGAAGCUGGAAAGGCUGGUAUCUAAAGAAUCUUCUUCAUUGGAAAAAGUGAUAGACUCUGUAUCACACAAGGAUAUACCAACUGUAGUUAAUGAGUUUUCUAAUAACAAUGAUGAACAUAAAACGAUUGAAGAAGCAUAUAAGAUGAAGAUUUUUGAGUCAAAAGAUUCUUCUUCUUUGGAAAAAGGGGAAGAUUACCUUGCAGUGUUCAAACACCUCGAUACCACUAGGGAAAGAGAGAGCACAUGUACAACAAGUUUGGCUAGAGGACAUAACUUUGAUGGCAACCUUGAAUUCACAAAUCAGACAAAGGAAGGGAUAUUUAGCGCAUUGGAUUUCAUAGACAUUGAUACAGACCCUCGAGAUCCUCAAUUGUGCUGCACUUACGCUUCAGAGAUAUAUACAAACCAAUGUGUCAUAGAGCUUGUUCGGAGACCAGUUGCUAAUUACAUGGAAACAUUGCAGCGAGAUGUCACUCAGAGUAUGCGGGCCAUUCUAAUAGAUUGGCUUGUAGAGGUUUCUGAGGAAUACAAGCUUGUCCCAGAUACACUUUAUCUCACUGUACAUAUAAUUGACGAGUUUCUCUCACAAAACUAUAUUGAAAGACAAAGGCUUCAGCUCCUAGGCAUUACUUGCAUGCUAGUUGCCUCAAAAUAUGAAGAAAUAUGCGCUCCACGAAUGGAAGAAUUCUGUUUUAUAACUGAUAACACCUACACCAAGGAGGAGGUUUUGGAAAUGGAGAGUCAAGUGCUCAACUAUUUGGGUUUUAAGCUCUCAUUACCUACGACCAAAACCUUCCUCAGAAGAUUUUUGCGUGCCGCGAAUGCGUUGUCCGAGAACCCAACGUUGACCUUUGGGCAUCUUGCCAAUUAUUUGGCAGAGUUGACCUUAGUGGAGUAUAGCUUCUUAAAAUUUCUCCCUUCCGUCAUAGCGGCAUCCGCUGUGUUUCUCGCGAGAUGGACACUGCAAUCCCAUCAGACAAACCAUCCAUGGAACUCCACUCUCGAACAUUACACCUGCUACAAGGCCACCGAUCUGAAAGAGGCAGUGCUGGCGCUACGAGAGUUACAGAUGAACAGCAAGAGCUCUCCACUGAACGCCAUACGCGAAAAGUACAACCAGCCAAAGUUUGAGAGGGUAGCCACCCUCUCGUCACGAUUGAUCCAAGGAUCGCUCUUCUUGUAACAAACGAUGCUGUGUUCAUCUCCAACAUAACCGAUUGGUCUUACUAAAGGGCAGUUAAACUGCUAACAGCGCAUGCUUUGUCCCUUUAAAUAUGGCUACUAAUACGGUAGCUUCUCUUGUUUGUUCCCUUGUAGAGAACUUCGUUCCUGUGUUGUGUCUUCCCAUAGUGUUGGUGUGUGUAACAAAUAACGAUAACUAUUCAUGAUAAUGUUACUUCUAUGUAGCUUGUGUUA